AUGAUGAAGGAAGCGGCGACUGGGGAGAGGUUUCCGGUGGUUUUAUUUGACGGCGAGCAGGAUACGAGAGUAGGAGACGUGGUCGUCUUGCCAACUUUGAAUUUCAGGGGCUUGCAGUUGAUAAUCAGCGAGAGAAUCGGAAUUUCUCCACAAAAGUUCUCUAUUUUUCUCGCAAACCGCGAGAAGAUGGGAUCGAGAAUUCCUGUGACUGCCAAGACCAAUUUUUCGGAAAUUUAUCGCGAGAAUGACUGGUUAUUUCUCGUGGUGUUGAAAAGAUCGAGGCGCGAGAGUAGGAUAAAGGAGCACGAGAUGAUGACUGGGAAUACCGUGAGGUUCAGGUUCGAUCCUCCGCCAGGAAAUUUAAGGCUUCUAAGAAGGGAUGGUAAUAGUGUUGCUAUUAAUGGAAACGGGUUAUCGGGUCUUGAUUUGGGUUGGGUCGAGUAUGAAAGAAGAGUCCGGGAGUUGCGAAUGGAGAAGGAGAGGUAUUUGAUGAAUAUGGGUUUGGGAACAGAUCCGGGUGUUGGUCAUGAAGGGCUGAGUUUGGGAGAAACAGAGAGGAGGGAUAGAAAUGUAGUCUGUGAGGAGUGUUCGAGAGCUAAGAGAACCGGUAUGGAUCCUGGGUUUCAUUGGUGUGUUUAUGAUACUGUUACUUUCGGGUUUCGGUCAUCAGCUGGUCCGAUUGCCCGGCCAAUAAAAAGACCCUCUUGA